AUGCUGCGGCCACAGGGCGUAAGGGCGCUGUCGCGCACACUUCGCAGACUACCACACAUCUCUUCGCCUUCAUCGUCAUGCAGCUCCAGACAUCUUGCGACAGUGGUGCAACCAGAAGAGAAGGAUCCCGUUGAGCUCGACCAGAUCACCACCCUUCCAAAUGGCAUACGAGUCGCGACAGAGGCCCUGCCCGGCCAUUUCUCCGGCAUAGGCGUCUACCUCGACGCCGGGUCACGAUACGAGAAUGACUACCUACGGGGGGUGAGCCACAUCAUAGACCGGCUGGCCUUCAAGUCGACCACCUCCCGGACGGCAGACCAGAUGUUCGAAUCCCUAGAGACACUAGGCGGCAACAUACAAUGCGCAUCCUCGCGGGAGUCCCUGAUGUACCAGUCCGCAACAUUCAACUCCGCCGUACCCACUGCAGUCGCCAUGCUUGCCGAAACCAUCCGCGACCCGCUCAUCACCGAGGAAGAGGUGCACCAGCAGCUGGAGACGGCAGACUACGAGAUCGGAGAGAUCUGGUCGAAGCCCGAGCUGAUAUUACCGGAGCUGGUGCAUCUGGCAGCCUACAAGGACAACACGUUGGGCAACCCCCUGCUGUGUCCGAAGGAGAGACUCGGCGAGAUAGACAGGUCGGUCGUGCAAGCCUACCGCGAUGCCUUCUACAAGCCAGAGCGCGUGGUCGUUGCCUUCGCUGGCGUAGAGCACGAAACAGCCGUCAAGCUUACCGAACAGUAUUUCGGGAGCAUGCAGAAGAGCCUGGGGCCCGGCCUGACGGGUGUUGGCGAAGAUACGGUCCUCUCACAACCCGCCUCCUCGUCCGUCAGCCUACCCGCCUCGACAACGACACAACCGCCAUAUCCGACUUCGUCGACACUAUCCCAGGAACCCUCCCGCCUCCUAUCCAAGAUCCCCUUCUUCAAGAAUCUAUCCACCUCCGCUUCCCAGAAUGCUUCCAUAAAUACAGCACCAAUCUCACAUACCCCGGACUUCCCACCGCCCUCUUACGACACUCCAAGCCACUACACAGGCGGUCUGCUCACCCUUCCCCCACCACCCGCGCCGCUCAACCCAGCGAUUCCCCGGCUAACCCACAUCCACCUCGCCUUCGAAGCGCUCCCCAUAACCCACCCGGACAUCUACGCCCUCGCAACCCUGCAAACGCUGCUCGGGGGCGGUGGGUCUUUCUCGGCCGGCGGCCCCGGAAAGGGCAUGUAUAGCCGGCUCUACACCAACGUGCUGAACCAGUACGGCUGGGUCGAGAGCUGCGUCGCGUUCAACCACAGCUACACGGACAGCGGCCUGUUCGGCAUCGCGGCGAGCUGUGUGCCGGGCCAGGUCGGCCAGAUGCUGGAUGUCAUGUGUCACGAGCUCGGCAGUCUGGGCCAGGAGACGGGCUUUUCGAGACUCAAGGAUGGGGAGGUGGCGAGGGCGAAGAACCAGCUGAGGAGCAGCUUGCUCAUGAAUUUGGAGAGUCGGAUGGUCGAGCUGGAGGAUUUGGGAAGGCAGGUGCAGGUGCAUGGCAGAAAAGUUGGCGUGAAAGAGAUGUGUCGCAAGAUCCAGGACGUCACUGUUCAGGAUUUGAGGAGGGUGGCGAGGGAAGUGUUUGGAGGGUUGGUCAAGAACAGAGGGCAUGGCAGUGGUGCACCAACUGUAGUGCUACAAGAGGGAGAGGAGAGGGGCAACAAGGCGCUGGGCUGGCCGGAGAUCCAGGAGAGGAUUGCGAGGUGGAAACUUGGCCGGCGGUGA